AUGCGAUCAGCGACGGGGCGCUCCGCCCGUCGCCGCGCCAAUGUCGAUCCCUCCUCUGACAUUGAGGACAGAGAUGCCAACUCUUCCUUCCUCCAAGCUCGCCGCCGCCGCAGCUACCCAGAGAACCGCCAACCCGACGACGCUUUCUCCGCGGACAGUCGCGCCAACACGACCUUCCCUCGCGAUCCGCACAUGACCGCAUCUGACGCCCGCCGUGGUCCGCGCGACAGUCGCGCCACAGCCAGACGUAACGAUAACGACACCAAUCUCAUCUGGCCGCGCUCCCAGUCUCAACUUGGGCCCGCAAGCAAGCGUCACAGAGGGGUUCACCGUCAAAGCUACACAUCGGUCGAGGACGGUGACCCGGUUCUCGACCGCGAUCAACACCUUGAGCCCCUACCCAAAGGUGCCCAUCCUUCCCCCAACGACCCGCAGGCCCUUCAUGCCAUUUUGCAGAGAUACAUCAAAUCCUUACCAGAAUCGCAGCGCAAGGCAUUUUACGAGGAGAUCGCCCCCAGUCCGAACGAGGUCGGACCUGCUUCCCAGGCGCAAGACGUGUCUCUGCGUCUCUCGGGGGUGACAAAGCCUGAGAUUAUCGGCCUUCUCCCACCUCCAUCGGACCCACUUACGGACGCCAGCGAAAACUCGGACGCUGAAGCCAUCGACUUCGAGCAAAUUGACGAUGUCCUCAAACAGCUCACCAGCGUCACUUGGCGCGACAGCGAAGUCCUGCGGUAUGAGACGCUCGUCAAGAUCGCAACCAGCGCCCAACUUAGAGCAGUGGAGCUGAAGGAGAAAGCGUUCACCGAACUUGACAAGAUCGACGCGGCCGAGAAAGAGAAGUUGCGCCUCAUUGAGGUCGCUCGUGAGGACUUCGAGAAAAUCCUCUCUGAACAGCGGGACGAGAUUGCCCUGAAGGCAAUCACCUUCGAGGAGAAGACGAAAGCCCUGCGCAAAAAGGCUGAGAAGCUCCUCACUCCGGGGGAAAUCGCCGCGCAAGCGCUGGCGGAAGUGAUGGACCGACGAUCCUCAAAUGUGAAGGGCCCUGGGACAUAG